UGUAUAAAUUCGCCUUCUCUGAGUAGUGGAACAGACUAUAAGCGUUGUGAAUUGAUUUCUUGCAGGAAAAAGUUGAAGAUUAUUUCAAUAAAACCAGGCAAACAAUCGCGGAAAAGGCAUUAAUUGCCUUCAAUAAUGAUGCAGUCCACGAAAAGCGAAACCGCUUUGCAGGAAAGCUCAACGGAAUAUGUUGAUUUAUCUGACUACUGUAGGCUGUGUCUGCAAGUGCCAGAGGAGUCUCAAUUACUUGAUCUACAACUUAUUUACGAUGAAGAAGAGAAUCUUAGCUACUAUGAUUGCUUCACCGUUUGUACGCAAAUAGAUUUACACGCUGGUGGUGUUAAUGCGCCUCAUCAGCUGUGCAAGUCAUGUGGCUUGGAGUUGCAGGUGGCAUAUGAUUUUCACAAAAAAGUGGAGGAGUCUAAGAAGUUCUUAAUGCAGUUGAAUAAAACGGAACAACUAGAUGAAGAAUUCCUUUCGACGUCUCCGCCAAUUGCAAAAGAAAGCUAUGAAAAUAGUGACGUUACGACGCCUAUGCAAAUUGAAAGUAACAUACAAACAGUGACCGAAGACGUGGUCGAGCAGGCUGAAGACAAAACAAAUGAUCCACAACUCAUACUAGCACUACAUGUUAACGAUGCUGCAAAUGAAAACGAAAUAGCUAAUAGUCAAGAGAUUAUUGCUGGCCACUUGGCGACGCCUAUAGAAUAUGAAGCGUUGGAAGAACAUAUCGAAAUGGAAGAUUAUCAAUCGGUCGACGAGCUGGUCGAUGAAGAUGCGGAAACAGUACAAAUUCAAAUUGAUGACCAAGAGUACCUACUACAGAAGGUCAAAUUAAAUGAAAAGAAUUUUACUGAUGGGUUAAUCGAUGCAGCUUCAAACAAAAGUCCAGAUUUGUCCAGUAAAAAACCCUCAGAAAUUAAGUCAACGAGCGAAGAAAGUAAUUCGGAAUUUCAGAGUGAUAACAUUACUUUUGACUAUGAAAGUACUGAAAGCGAUAUAGAAUUAGUUAAUGAUAAACAAAAUGAGGAACAUAUAAUAGAAAAGGAAUCACCAACGAAAAAAAAGAAUACUGAAUCAAAUGUCGAAAUCGAUGUCAAGUCUUUAGUGAUUUCGAAAAAAGGAGAAAUCAGGGAGCGACGUCGUUACUGUGGCAAAUUUACCUGUGAUUAUUGUCAGAAAGUUUUCAAGAAUCGAUCACGUAUGCUAACACAUCGUCGCUCUCACGAACCGGAUCGGCCGAAAUUCGAAUGCGAAGAAUGUGGUCGUUUAUAUGCAACCAAACAGGCUAAACUUGUACAUGUGCGUACGUUCCACAACAGAAUCGGACACAAGUGUCCGAUUUGUGGUAAAAUUUACGUUAUUGGAAAAUUACUUGAAGUGCAUAUGCGCUUUCAUACGGGCGAUUUUCCAUACGUGUGCGAUAUAUGUGGUCAAAAGUUUGCACAAAUGUGCCACUUGAACACACACAAGAAUGUAAAGCACAACAGUGUACGCUACUCAUGUGAACAUCCUGGUUGUGGUAAAUUUUUCACCUCAUCAUCAUCGCUACGCAAUCACGAAUUUUCGCACACUUCAAUGCCAUUCGAAUGUGCACAUUGUAAACGUGGCUAUCCGGCAAAGUCUAAAUUAAAAGUGCACAUACGACAGAAGCAUGGCAUCGAAGUGACGCUCGAACAAUUGGAAGAUAUGCGUAAAUUUCAUGUGAUGCGUUCCAGAUUAAAUUUAGUUAAAAUUACUGAAUAGAUCUAAAACUUAAAGCUAUAAAUGAAUUAAACUUUAGUUUAUACUAGUUUUAUACAUAACUAUUUGUAGUGAGUGGAGUUUUUUUAUGAAUACUAGUUGAAAUCUUAAGUGUGAAUGUAUUAAUUAGAAAGCUAUUGAAAUACUAGAAAAUAAAAAUAUAUAUAUAUUUUUUUUUGUUUGAAAAAGUGUUAAGUCAAUUAAGUACUAUUAAACAUAUAUUUUCAUUAUAUUUAAUAAAACUAACGCGGUGGAAAGUAAAGCCCAUCAAUUACUAAUAAGUAUUCAAAUCCUUAUCUUUACCUUUCGGUAUAUGU